AUGGAAAACAACUGUAUUGUGUCUAUCACUAAACACCUUAAUUCCAUUAAAGAUGCUAUUAAUUUAAUACAGGUUAAUAAAAGAUAUCAACAAGGAGUUCUAUCUUUAACUACUACACCAUUUUACAAAGAAAAAGAUGUAAAAAAAGAAAUAGAAAUAUUUAGUAAUGCCACAACUGUUACGUGUGAUUACACAUGCAUUCCAUUAAACAAAUCAAAAUUAAUUAUUCAUCAAACAGAUAAUUUAUAUUCAAGAUGUUCAUUAUUACAAGCUGCUAAAAGAAUUGAGAAAAUUACAAUGGAUAUUUCUGAAUUUAAUAAAAAUACCUGGAAAUUAAUGCCAUUACAAUCACUUAUAAUUAAUUGUAUUGAAGAAUUAAAUGGCUCAAAAAUGUCUCAAAACCCAUACCCAUUUCAACAAACAAUAAAUCUUCCAAAUUGUGUUGUAAGAAUUAUUUGUGAUAUUUCACAAUUAGACAAUGUAAUGAAUAACCUUCCAAAACAAAAAUUACCUAAAAGUUGUUUGUUAGAAGUACAUAACGGUCCAAUUAUUACUUUAUAUCGUAAUGAUGAAUGGGUUUUUGGAUUCAAAAAUGAAUUUAUCACUAUGCAUAUGCAAGACCUUAAACCAUUUAUUGAAAAAGCAAAUCAAUAUGCAGUUGAAAAUAUUAGAAUUAUCGAUUUUAUUAAUCCAGAAGAACCAGCAGAACCAUCAAAUUUCUCUAUCUCACUUUCUGUUAAGAAAUUAAUUCUUCAAGACCUUAAUUGUCCAAUUAUUGAACUUCCAAGUUUAUUAGAAGAAUUAACAAUUACAAAUUGUUCUGUUACCUCUCUUCAAUUAAGUCAAAUUAAUUUAAAGAAAGUAAUUAUUGAACAAUGUGCUGAUUUAAAAACAUUAAUUAUAACCUCUCCAGUUAUUGAAUGCGAAGCAAUUUAUCUUAAAUCAUUACAAACAUUACAGCUUCCUGACUCUCUUUAUUCAUUAAAAUUAAAUAAUUCUUCUCUACCAAUUAAAUCUUUUCCACCUAACAUUCAAUGUCUUUCUCUUCCUUCUAUUAAACAAUUAAAUCAAUUAGAAUUCCCUCAGUAUUUGAAAGAAUUAACAAUUAAUUCUUGUUUUAUUGUUGAUUUUCCUGAAUUAAAUGUUAAUUCUAUUAUAUUUUUUCAAUGUACUUUUGCAAAGAAAAUCUUUGUUAAAGCUAAAUCUAUUACAUUAAAUGGAUGUUAUUUUGUUUCAAAUUUAGAUAUUGAUUGUGAUUCAAUUUUUAUUACUGGAUGUACUGCUUCUACCUCUUCUCAAGUUAAUACUCUUAUUGACUAUAAUGCGCAUAAUGCAAAAGUUAUUCAUAUUUCAUCAUUUAAUGGAAUAAAUAAAUUAAUAGCACACUCAUGUAAAGAAUUAAAAUUAGUAAACAACUCUCAAUUAUCAGAAGUUGAUGCUGAGUGUGUUACUUCCUUACAACUCAUCCAUACUAAUAUUAUAAAAACAACAAUAAAUAAUUUAGAGUCAUUUGAUAUUGAUAACAAUUCUAUUCUUCCUCAAUUUUAUACAAAAGGUAGUGGAUCAUUACGUUUAGAAAAAUGUAAAUUUGAUUGUAAUUCACAAAUUCUUAACUCAAUGAUAGAUAUUUCAUUAAAUGAAGUUGAUGUAGAAAGUAUUAAUAUCAAUACUUGUAAAGGAGCUCGUUUUUAUAAUUGCUCAACACUAAAAACUCUUUCAAUAAAAGAAGCAGAAGUUGUUAUUUUAGUAAAUUUACCACUACUACAAUCAAUUUCAUUACCAAAAUCUUUAAAAAAUAUUGUUAUUAAUAAUUGUCCAAAUAUUAUUAAUAUUCCUUUACCUUUUACUUCUGAAUUAACUGUAGACUACGACGGUUCUUUUAAGGCAUCUGAAAAGAUUCAAAUAAGAAGAAUUAAUGAACAUGAACUUACAGUUGAUUCUUAUUGUGUUCAAUUAGAAGAUAUUUCAAAUUCAAAAGUUAUUUUAGGAAAGAGUGUUCAUACAGUUAUUGGUAUUGGUCUUAAUAAUGUAUCAUUUAUUAAUCUUGAAGAAAGUAGUAUUCAAUCUUUUGAGUUAAGUAUGUCAAAUAAUAUGAAUCUUAGAUUCCCACAAACUCUUACAAUAAUCAAUAUUAUUGGAUGUCAAUCUGUUAUUUGUACUAACAUUUCUUCUUGCCCCCUUGUACCUGAACGAAUUAGAAAAGAUUAUUCUUCAAAUAAAUAUGAAGAAAUUCCAAAAGAUAAAUGUGUUAUUUGUUAA